AGUAGAGAGCUAGGAGAGAGAGCCCACCGAGCCGAGCCCCAUAACAGCGCAUUAGAGCCUGCAAAACUCAACCAGUCGAAUUUGUGAUUGUGGGCCGUGCGGCAGCACAAAAUCUUUCCUCCCGCGCUCCAAGUUUUUUUUUAGUUUUUAAAAACACAAAAAAAGUUGAUCCAUUGUCGUCCAUCCGACAGCACAAUUAAGUCAAUUUCGGAUUUUUGUUGACUCGACGACUGAUUUUUUGAUCGAAGAAUCGGUGCGGUUUAAAUAAAUAUAAACGCGGAAUUCGACAAGAUGGUCAAAGCCAGAAUACCUGGGAGUUCGCAGGAGUUGUACACGGUGUCGGUGGAGUCGGUGCCGCAGUACGCGGGCGGCAACGGCAAGCGGCCCGGCUGCUGCAAGAGCGGCCGAGUCGGCAAAGAUCUCCUCUGCGGCGUCCUCAUCGCCCUGGCCGUCAUCUGCGCCGCCGUCGCCAUUUUCCUCGUCGUCUUCUACGUCGUCAACGCAGGGACGGACGAAGCAAGUCGGGCGCCGCCGAGCUCAGCAUCCGAUGGCGACCAGCAAAAUGGCACACUCGACUCUUCACCUCUGACACGGGAUAGAGAGGAGGAAAAAAAGAUCAACUCGCUAAAGGAGAGUCACGAAUUGGACAGCAGCGAAGCCAAAGAUCAGCUGUCACUUAGCAGCACCUCAUUACCAGACGUCGGCAUUCACGAACCGGAAUUCCACGUCAAAGGCGAGGCCGUUUAUCCGCCGUACAAGAUCGGAGGUGGCCAGCAGACAUCCAGCACGACCGAGACUCCCAUCCAGCCGGCGGAAGAGGAGAAAAAGGACGAAGAGAUGAAUCCGCCGAUCGACAUUGAAGCCAACAGUCAGGAAAUUGAAGGCAAGGAUCAGACGACGCUCUUUGUGCCCGACGACGACGUCAUCAUCGAGACGCCUUCGUUGGCCGCCAACACCGACUCCACUUCCGGUCAACUGCAAACGGAUCCGGCGCCACCGGUCGUCCUCCUUCCGGAAUCGACGACAACCGUCAAAACCGCGUCGACCAUCUCGACGACGGUGGCCGACGUCGACGUCAGCAGCUCCGAGCGGACCAAAGAAAUCACAACCACCGCCGCUGUUGUUCCAGUUUCACUUCCGGAUCCUGUUGUCGUUGCCGUCCCGGAACUGGAAACCAGCGGUUUCGUUCCCGUCAAAGUUCAAGAGGAUCUCGACUUCGAUCCGGAACAGUCGACCGACUCGCAGACGGAAGCUCUGCCGGACAUCCUGUCCGCCAAACCGGUCGAUCCGGCCAUUGACACGGCGCCUUGGAAACCCAUCGACGCCACUGUCGCCAUUCCGGCCGUCAUUGCCAACAAGAAAGAAGAGAUCCAGCCAACAGGUGGACAAAAGACUUCCAGCACGACAACAACAACAACAACCACUUCCACGACUGCCAAGACGAUUGUGACUAGCCCAUCCGGAAGCAGUCGAUUGCCGGAAGAGGUCAGCCAAGUGCCGGUGGAAAUUGUCAAAUGGGAAACGCCGGAAGAAUCGACGGAAUUCGCCCAGAUGCAGGAUUUGGGUAACAUGGCUCUGCUCCUGCCGGAGGAUCGCAUCCGCACUUCCACCAGCACCAGCCAGCCAGGCGGAAUCGUCCCCAUUUCUUCUUCGACCACCACCGAGCAGUUCCCCAGCAUCGUUUCUGUGCCUUCCGUCAUUCCGGUCGAACCGGAGUGCAUCCGCCGCCAGUUGCCAUUCUGUCGCGGAGUCCUGCCUUACUCGGAGACGGUCCUGCCCAACUGGGUUGGCGACAACACGGAAGCAGAGCGCAAUUUCAGCGUGCCUUACUUUGAAAUCAUCGCCGAAUCAGAAUGCCACCCAAGAGUACAACAGUACGCAUGUGCUGUUCUGGAACCUCCAUGCCGCGGAAGCGGAAUCAGUUUGCCACCAUGCCGUCAAUUCUGCCGAGCUAUCGCCGAGGAUUGUUCCAGCUACGUUCUAUCGGCACUGACGUUGGCUUCGGUCCUGGAUUGCGACCAAUUCCCACAGUCCAACGACCCGGACGUCUGCCUCAAUUUGGCCUCGACAACUCCCGAAGGUGAAUGCCUGCCCAACGAGUACCGUUGCAACAGCGACAACACGUGCAUUCCCGAACGCUGGGUCUGUGACGGCCGACAGGAUUGCAGCCUGGGAGACGACGAAUUCGCCUGCUCCCGGUGCCGUGAAGAGGAAUUCCGCUGCGAGAACGAGAACCGAUGCCUGCCCAAAAGAUGGAGGUGCGACGGAUCGCGGGAUUGCGCCGACGGGUCGGACGAACGCGAUUGCCCAUCCACUCAAGAAUGCGGAGAUGGUCAAUUCCGGUGCGGAGACGGUUUGUCUUGCAUUCCCCUGCGCAGAGUUUGUGACGGAUCCAAUCACUGUCGUGACAAUUCCGACGAAACAAAUUGCAGCUCCAUUGCGUGCCAAAUUGAGGAUUUCAAGUGCAACGACACGGGUGUCUGCAUCUCCCGGAAGUGGGUGUGUGAUGGCAAUGUGGAUUGCAAGGACGGAUCGGAUGAGGCCCAGUGUGCCAGAGAAGCUGAACUUAACUUUGAAUCGGAUGUUCUGAUUGAUGAGAUGGAAGAUCCACUAGCCGCUGGCGGUAACGAGACCGCCAUCAACGCCGACACAACUUUCAAUCCGGACAAGUGUCCGCUGGGCGAACUGCUGUGCAUGUCCGGCUCGACUUGCAUCCGCUUCGAGCAGCUCUGCGACGGCACGCGAGAUUGCGCCGACGGAGCCGAUGAAACCGACUGUGGCAAACCACCCGGCCCGGAAUAAAAUUAAACGACGAAACGAAUCAUCACUCCCUUCCGACUUUUUGGUUUUUUUAAUUUUUUGUUUCGGGUUCCUUAUUAUUCCCUUCGCUCUUAUAUAAUUCCAAAUCUUCUUUCUUAUGUAACAAUUCCAAGAUGGAAGAAAAACAACAAAAAAAUAAUCCAUAUUACAAAAUUAUGACUUUUCGAACAAGUUUUUGAAAUACGCCCUUGAUAAUGUUCCGUCCAAACAUUAAUAAUGAUGCUUAUAUUUCGCAGUGAUUUUAUUGUGUACAUUUUCGUCUGUUUGAAAAUUUUUUUUUUAAUUAGGGGUGGGGGGUUUUAAUCCCGUCCCCUUUCGUGCGUGAAUUCUUUUUUUUUGUUGUGUGUGUGUGCGAUCUCGUGACGCCGCCCAAGUGGCGUCGACGACUUCAUCAUUUCUUCUUCGAUAAUAAUCUUCUCUUAAUUCUAUUUUUCUUUUAAUUUUUUUUUGUAUCCCAUCGAUAUAACACGUGAAUGCAAAUAGCGCCACCAUUUUUAUUUUUUUAUUUCCUUUUUUUUUAAAUUGUCUUUUUUGUUGUUUUUUUGAAAAUUAAUCAGGUGCUUCGAAUCCCUCAAUAUUAUUCCCCAUAUCCCCAAUCAUGUUUGAGAUAGACACCGGUGUCCGCCUUAUAUUACCCCAUUUUUACAACUGUGACGCCGCCUGUCCGAUUGCGUGAUUUUUUUUUAAAUGACGUCUUGUGUCCAACUCUCAAUCAUUCUAUCUCGUUUUAUAUUCCAGUGUUUGAUUUGAUCCCUCCCAUUUGAAAUAAUGAUGUUUUCUCUCGAAAAAUUGAAAAUCUUUCACAUAUUCCAUUCCCCGUCAGCUGAGAUGUUUCACUGGACGAUACCUGGUUUUCUUGCAUUUGAAUCAUUUUUUCGUUUUUUUUUUUAAAUAUCGGAAUGAGCCAUGUAUGUCCGACAGGUGCGAUGAUAAAAACAAAAUUGGAAACUGUGAAAUCGACCAGUUUAGUGACAAUAAAAAAUAUUUAAAAAAAGAUACAAAACAAACAAAUAAAAUACACAAUUCCAAGAUUA